AUGGCUGGCAACGAGGCGACAGACUGUCUCUCCAGCUACUCCGCUGUUGCGGGGAUGCUCACAAAGAAAGUGGUGGUUGUUCAUCCAAUAGUUUUGCUGUCAGUCGUCGACCACUUCAACCGCAUAGCAAAAGGGACGAGUCGGCGAGUGGUGGGGUGCGUAUUGGGAGAAGUUGUUGGAGACGAAUGGCAUGCAACAAACUCUUGUGGUGGACGAGUCGGCGAGUGGGACGAGUCGGCGAGUGGUGGGGUGCGUAUUGGGAGAAGUUGUUGGAGACGAAUGGCAUGCAACAAACUCUUGUGGUGUUGCUUUG